CUCGACACACCGCUCUGCAGCUGCUUGUUGAUCGUCCGUCGCAAAGACUUUCCGGGAGAGCUCACUUCAACCGGACGCACGCUCACAAGACUCCGUCUCAAGUGCAAGCAAAGUGACGGUGCCCGUCUACGCUUGUGGCCCUGCUUGUACGGCUCUCAGUAUUCUGUCAUGUCGUCGUCAGCCAGCGCAUAUGGAUUUCAAACGGCUAUACUUGUAGGAUGCAGGGGGCUCCUGUUCUACGCCUCACGACGAUACCUUCUACGACACCUCUAUCACGAUCUCCAAGACCUCUCAGCAAAGAAUACAUCUGAUCCUGGGACGCCUACGGUCGUCUUUGAUGCCGGAGAGACCGAGCUGGAGACCCUACCAACACCCUCAAGUGCGUCAGCCAUCCCCACUGCGGUGAAGAAGCGGCCAUUCCACUCUGUGCUCUCCCGGGCACUGUUCUCCCUGUGUUUCUCCGAGAGCUGCACACUUUUCCUCCUUCUGAUAUGUCAAGCACUGGAGAUAUUCCACCCACGCGUCCGCCUAUUCAAUUGGGAGGUCUCGCUCUGCAUUCUCAUCAUCGCCAUCGUACUCGUAAUCCCUCUAUCCUAUAGCCUAGUACUCAGCAACAGAUCAAAUACUCCAAGCGUCCCCUCCGCACGUCAACGAGUGUUCUCCAUGAGCCUCAUGCUAUACCUCAUCCCCAACUUCCUCUUCCUCCUCGCCCUGUCCUAUGUCCCUCUACCAAGGGGCAUGCCCGCGCACAACCUCAUGGCAUCGACUCUGUCUCGCCUUACUGUCAUUGGCACCGUCAUCCUUGGAGGCCUAUCUGGUUUUGGAGCCAUUGAUACGGCUUGGGACUUCUUCCCUGUCUUCUCACGGAAUCCAAGGGCACAUCCAACAGAGGAGGAAGUGCGCACCGCUGAAGCCGGUCUCCGACGCAUCCGGGAAGACCUCGCCAGACGUCGGAGCGACCUGCUCAACCUCGAAGUGUCGAAGAAACCCGACGCGCAGUCAAACUGGCUGUACCGCGCACUCCCGUCGUUCCAGAGCAGCGAGUCGUCCGCACUCGGGCAAGAGAUCUCGGGGCUCGAAGCGCUGGAGUACGAGAUGUCGCGCAACCUGGACGUGCUGAAACAACGCCAGGCGGACGCGAAGUUCUCCAGGACCGUCGCAGGACGCGUCUUCAACUGGGGUGGCCGCGUCUUCGCCGUCUACUGCAUCUACCGCAUAUUCAGCUCAAUCAUCAACCUUAUCCUCCCGCGCUCUCCAUCAUCAGCCCCUGGGGAGGCCGGCACGACGAACGCAGACGUCGUGUCGCUCGUGCUCGCGUACAUGCUCUCCGUCCUGCCGUUCGUGCACGUGCCCCCAGACAAGGUCGCGGCGAUCUCGCGGCAGGUCAGCCUCGCGCUCGUCGGCGUUAUCAUCCUCAGCAGCAUCCGGCGAGUGCUGCGCGGCGUGGCAGGGGUGCUGCGCGUGACAAGCCGGUCGCUCGGGGCGUCCCUCAUGCUUCUCACGCUCGCGCAGGUGAUGGGCAUCUACCUGCUGUCGACGCUCAUCCAGCUGCGCACGUCGUUCCCGCCGCCGCCGGUGCGGCCGGACACGGAGCCGGACGAGGGGCUGCUGAACCUGUUCGCGACGCUGCCCGAGUUCCAGUUCUUUGGGUCGCUCUUCGACGGCGCGUUCUUGCUCGCGGCAGGCGGGAGCGCGGCGGUGCGGUGGUUUGGGGACAGGGUGAAUGCGUAGACGGGUCAGAAAAGGAGCGGGGUACGCACAUUGCGGAUGUAUUACAGAACACCUGACGGGCAGGAUAUGUGCGGGGGAACGGGCUGGUCGAGGAGCUACAUAUGGAUGCGCGCCCUGGAGCAUGCUGAGAUCGAGUGAGAGGGUGGCGAUCGUAUAGGCGUUCGGUGUUCUCGGCCUUCCUUGCACUCUCUGUAUUGCUGCUGCUGCUAAGAGCGGCACACAUAGCCUCGGCACGCACCCUUCGCGCGGCCAGGCAACAGGAUGGAUCCGCCGCGCUUAUCC